CACGCCCCCGGCAUGGUGGGGGCUCCGCUCGGCCGCGAUGGAGCUGGGAGACCUGCGGAAGAGCUACCGGGGGGACACCGAGGCCUUCGAGGAGCAGCACUUGGCCUCCCUUGACCCCAUCGAGCAAUUCCGAGCCUGGUUCCAGGAGGCCCUGGACUGCCCGGACAUCGGCGAGGUCAACGCCAUGUGCUUGGCCACCUGCACCAGGGACGGGAAACCCUCGGCCCGGAUGGUGCUGCUGAAAGGGUUCGGGCAGGACGGGUUCCGCUUCUUCACCAACUACGAGAGCAGGAAGGGGAAGGAGCUGGAUUCCAAUCCCUUCGCUUCCCUCGUCUUCUACUGGGAGCCCCUCUGCCGGCAGGUGCGGAUCGAGGGCUCGGUGAAGCGGCUGCCGGAGGAGGAAUCCGAGCGCUACUUCCACUCCCGCCCCAAGGGCAACCAGAUCGGCGCCCUGGUCAGCCGGCAGAGCUCCGUCAUCCCGGACCGCGAGUACCUGAGGAAGAAGAACGCCGAGCUGGAGGAGCGGUACCGCGACACGCCGGUGCCCAAGCCGGACUAUUGGGGCGCGUACAUCGUGGAGCCGGAGGUGGUGGAGUUCUGGCAGGGCCAAAGCAACCGGCUGCACGACCGGAUCGUGUUCCGGCGGCUGCGGGACCGCGCGGCGCCGCUCGGGGCCAUGACCCACCGGGCACACGGCGACUGGGUCUACGAGCGCUUCUCGCCCUGAGCCCGGCGCUGCUCGGGAAUGUGGCCCGUGCCGCGGCCACCCCCGGCCCGGCCCUGGGAAAUGAGUUCAGAGCUCCGCCUGCCCCCGCUGUGUCCCCAAAUCCAUCCGCGACCGCUGCCGGCGCUGCCGGUGGUUAAUUAAUCGUGUUAAUGAUUGUGCAGGGUCCGGUUGUUGUGACCCCGGUGACCCCCUCCCCUUGUCGCUGCCCUGCUGCUGCCGCCGCCUCUCUUUUCCCGUGUUUUGUGUGGAGCUGUGGAAUGUGCUCGAUGCCCGGUUCAUUAUUGCUGUUGUUUAAUGAACUUCAAUAACGCGUCGCUCCUGUCGUGGGCCUGUCCCAGGGCCGUGACACCCCAGCCCUCACCCUGUCCCCUCCUCCAGCUGCUUGUCCAAGCCUGGAAGAAAUAAAUCGGGAUUUAUGUGGA